AAAAACAACAACAACAAAAAAACAACUUAAUGGGCCAGGAGUAGGAUUUCAAGCACCUUCAAGUUGGGACUUAGUCUGCUCCUAAUUGCCAUGCUUUUCUUUUUAGUAAUGGGGUAUCUUACAGGCAAGUGAAGAACAUCUAGUUUGGGGUUUAUAACUGUGACAGCACUCUCAUGCAUGUGUUAUUGUGCCUGUGUUGGGAGGUGCUUUUGCUUUUAAUUCUCGGUAAUAACUUAGUUCUUUAGACCAAUGUUUCUCAAACUGAGGUCUGCUGUUACAUCUUCAGGUCUCUGAAACUAAUGAGAGAAUUUUAAUUUAUGAGCCGUAAAUGUGGUUUGUGAGAAUUUUCCCAUUUUUGAAAGGGAUUCAUAGAAUUCAGGCAUACCUCUUUUUAUUGCGCUUCGCUUUAUUGCAGUUUUUCCCCCAUUGAAGGUUUGUGGCAACCCUGCGUCGAGCGAGUUUCUUGGUGCCAUUUUUUCAGUGGCAUUGAUUUGCUCACUUUGUGUCUGUGUCACAUUUUGGUAAUUCUUGGAAUAUUUCAAACUUUUUCAUUGUUAGCAUUUUUUAGCACUAAAAUAUUUUUAAAUUAAGGUAUGUACAUUGUUUUUUUAGACAUAAUGCUAUUGUACACUUAACAGACUACAGUAUAGUAUAAACGUAACAUUUAUGUGCACUGGGAAACCAAAAAAUUUGUGUGACUCGCUUUAUUGUGAUAUUCACUUUGCUACGGUUGUCUGGAACUGAACCGGCAGCAUCUCUGAGGUAUGUCUGUACACGAGUAAGAGACACUGCUUAGAGCUUUAUAAUUCUUGAGGACUAUUUUUAAUCACUCAUUUUUACAUUUCAAAAGAACAAGAUUUUUAAAAAGGUCGUGUGUUUUCAGGGCUAAUUUUGAAGAUUAAUAAAAUCUCAUUUAAACUGAAGAUUAUAAAAAUACUUAAUAUUUAAUUUCCUAGAAAGUAUGUGUGAUUUGAUUGAAGUAGCUUUGAAAUUUUUUGUUUACUUACCUUUUUUUCUUUUUAUAGAUACUAAAAUGGAUCGUAAAGAUAAGUUAUUUGUGAUUAACGAGGUUUGUGAAAUGAAAAACUGCAAUAAAUGUAUCUAUUUUGAAGCUAAGAAAAAACAAGAUCUCUAUAUGUGGCUUUCAAAUUCACCUCACGGACCAUCUGCUAAAUUCCUUGUUCAAAAUAUUCAUACCCUAGCUGAGCUAAAGAUGACUGGAAACUGUUUGAAAGGUUCUCGGCCCCUCUUGUCUUUUGAUCCUGCUUUUGGUGAAUUACCACAUUUUGCUUUGUUAAAAGAACUCUUAAUUCAGAUCUUUAGUACACCACGAUAUCAUCCCAAAAGUCAACCAUUUGUGGACCAUGUGUUUACGUUCACUAUUUUGGAUAAUAGGAUAUGGUUUCGGAACUUUCAGAUCAUAGAAGAAGAUGCUGCUCUUGUAGAAAUAGGACCCCGUUUUGUCUUAAAUCUCAUAAAGAUUUUCCAGGGAAGUUUUGGAGGACCAACUUUGUAUGAAAAUCCUCACUACCAGUCACCAAACAUGCAUCGGCGUGUCAUAAGAUCCAUCACAGCUGCAAAAUACAGAGAGAAACAGCAAGUGAGAGAUGUGCAGAAGCUGAGAAAGAAAGAACCAAAGACUAUUCUUCCCCAUGAUCCCACUGCAGAUGUUUUUGUUACACCAGCUGAGGAAAAGCCGAUAGAAAUACAGUGGGUAAAACCAGAGCCAAAAGUCGAUUUGAAAGCAAGAAAGAAAAGGAUUUAUAAAAGGCAAAGGAAAAUGAAACAGAAGAUGAACAGUGGGCAUGCAAAAUGAAUCAAUGGAUAACUCAUUUGUUCUCAUUUGUUUUAUUUUUA